AUGGCGGUCGGGGACGACCGACCGCCGGGUGCAUACGAAAACGACCACACCUCAACCCGUAAUACUGCACCCAUGGCGAAUGGACAGACGGACCUCGCCCUUCGCCCACCGCCCGCUUCGGAAACCACAUCGCCCACCGACGCUCUGGCAGACCCACGUGACCGGCAACGAGGGCUUGGAUCCGGACGAAGACCCAGCGGACAGCAGAGAAUAUGUGGCAAAUGCCAAAGGCAUCUGACCGGGCAGUUCGUGCGCGCGCUGGGCGACACGUACCACCUGGAGUGCUUCACGUGCCAUGACUGCGACAAGAUCGUCGCUUCCAAGUUCUUUCCCGUCCCUGAUCAGCCUCCUAACCAGUACCCUCUCUGCGAAACAGACUACUUCAGGCGACUUGAUCUCCUUUGCUAUGCUUGCGGAGGCGCGCUCCGUGGCUCCUACAUCACAGCACUCGACCGGAAAUACCACAUAGAGCACUUCACCUGCUCCAUCUGCCCUACCGUCUUUGGCGCGCAGGACAGCUACUACGAGCACGAAGGCAACGUCUACUGCCACUACCAUUACUCCACCAUGUUCGCGCAGAAGUGCAAUGGCUGUCAGACCGCCAUUCUCAAGCAGUUCGUUGAGAUCUUCCGGAACGGUGUCAAUCAACACUGGCACCCUGAGUGCUACAUGAUCCACAAGUACUGGAAUGUCCGACUGCAUGCGCCACCUCAGAACGGAACAAUGGGAGAAGAGGGAGAUGUGGAGCGACAACGGCAGCUCGAUAUCGCUGUACCGCAAAAGGAUGCCAGCGAAGAGAUGCGCCGGAACGUGAAGAACGAGGAGGAAGCGGUGGAGGCGAAGGUGCACUGGAUCUGGCAGACGCUAUCCACGUUUGAGGAGAGGAGCGCGCAGUGCAUCUCCGAUAUGCUCUUACACGUAAGCAACGGCGCGUACAUGCACGGCGUCGUUGCGGCGAAGAAAUUUAUUACGCAUGUCGACCUCUUGUUCGGUGCAGCGGACGACCUGGACCGUCGGUUGCAAACCCGACCAAACAAGACCGUUGAGAAGGGGGUGCGGACAUUCGAGACGAUCGUACAUCCUGGCCUAAGUUACAGCCGGGAGGCGAAGCUAUUGUGCAAGAAGGUUGUGGCCUUUUUCCAGCUGCUGGCUGAAAGCCAAGAUACUGGCGUCCGCAGAUUGGGUGUCACUCAGGGACUACUGAGUCUUGUUACAGGUCUGGCUCACUAUCUGAAGCUAAUGAUUCGGAUAUGCCUUUCCGGCGCGCUGAAGCUGGAGCGAGAGACUGGCAGUGCGGAAGGCUUGGAGCUCUUUCUCGAGGACAUCAGCAAGCUUGACGAGCGACUGGAAGUCGAAAGCCAUCGUGAUUCGCGAGCAGAUGCCGAUGCGUACGUCGACCGCAGCGCAGACACAUGCGCGGUGUGUGACAAGGCAGUGGAAGACAAGUGCUUCCGACGAGAUAACAAAGUCCUGCACACGCAAUGUCUGGUGUGCUGGAAAUGCCAACGCGACUUCAGCGACGACUGCGGUGAGGCACGCUGGAGUGACCGGGAGCAGAGAGUCUUCUGUGACAUCCACUCACCCACCGAUGCACGACAGGGAGGCUUCUACCCAGUGACGCGGUUAAAGCAAUAUGUACACCUCCUCCGCGUCGCACACGCAAGACUCCUAGCCACCCUACGAACCAGUGGCGCGUUACCUCACACCAGUGACGACCCGAAUCUUACGGGCUAUGACUCCCGAGAAGGCGUCAUGCAGGGUACCGACGCCGAACCGCCUUUACUGCGGUCGAGUACGCGGUCAAGGUCCUAUGCGGGGCGCACGCCCAGCACCCGUGAAACCAAAGAGAGUAGUUAUGAAGACACGAUGGGCGAUAUUCGCCGUCUGCGAAGCACGAGGAUGGAUAAGCAUCUCUCCAACGCCGGCCGCCAUGCACGGAAGUCACGUAUCAUUGAUGGGCCGGAGGCGAUGAGGCCUGGGUCUGCGGAUGGCAACGAGGAUAGCAAUCGAAGACGCACGGGCACGUUUCAUAUUAUCGAAGAUCGAGAUGCGAAUGGCGAGUACACGCCUCAGUUGACGUUCGGGAAGCAGGAUACCAUGACAUUGGAUGACAUUCCACGGAUAGUGCAAGCGCAGCAGACGCGGGAGCAACGACCGAAUGCUUCCAAGUACGCACGACAACCUAUGAUACCGCAGGAGCCGAAGCCGAAGUUGAUAAACGGACAUACGCGUGACUUCUCGGACCAAGACACGAACAACAACUCUAUCAAUAGAUCUGCCGAGCGGGCAGCGGGAACGAAGCGCUACUUCUCUGAGCUCACGGCGCUGGAGUACUUCAUCGUACGGCAUGUCGCAGUACUAAGUAUGGAGCCAUUACUGGAAGGACACUUCAACCAGGAGGAACUCCUCGAUCUCAUCGAGACGAAGCGCACGACGUUCUGGAGUAAGUUCGGCAAAGCAUUCCAGCCCAAAGAAAAGAAGCCCAAGGGGAACAAGACGGCCAUCUUCGGUGUGCCCCUGGAGCAGCUCCUCGAACGCGAUUACGAGGAGAGUACCGACGGUGUAGGGCCGGGGAGUCUGAAGGUGCCGAGUCUGGUCCAAGAAGCGGUCAGUGCAAUGAAGACGAUGGAUAUGAGCGUUGAAGGAGUCUUUCGCAAGAACGGAAACAUCAAGCGUCUGAACGAUGUCAAGGAUGAGAUCGACGGCAAGGGGGCGGUUGAGGUGGAUCUGACCAAGGAGAACCCGGUCCAGGUCGCCGCUCUGCUCAAAAAAUUCCUGCGCGAACUCCCCGACCCGCUGCUAACGUACAAACUGCAUAAACUCUGGAUCACAUCGCAACGUAUCGAUGAUCCGGAGAAGAGGCGACGGGUGCUACACCUGACUUGCUGUCUGCUGCCGAAGGCGCAUAGGGAUACGAUGGAAGUGCUCUUCACAUUUCUCAACUGGGUUAGCUCGUUCAGCCACGUGGACGAGGAGAGCGGGAGUAAGAUGGAUAUCCAUAACCUCGCCACGGUUAUUACGCCGAAUGUGCUGCACAUGGGCGGGAAAGGGGAGGUGCCUCUGGGCGCGACGGCGGGGAAGGAGGCGGUGGAUGAGAGCUUCUUGGCGAUUGAGGCGGUGUGUAGUUUGAUUGAGUGUAAUGAGAGUAUGUGUGAGGUCCCCGAGGAUCUCGCCCUCAUCAUAAACGACUCUUCCCUCUUCAGCAACAACGCCGAGAUCACGACCAAAGAGAUCCUAAAGCGCUACGGCGACCGCGCCACCGCCCCUUUACCUGUUCAACGGGCCCGCACCGAUCCGUUGGCCGACCCUACCUCGCCAGGAGGUGCGAGAUCGUCGCCCACGCCUACGCCAAGGGCUACGAGAGUCGAUACCGAUCCCAAUGUGCCGAAUGCCUGGUCGCAUGAGACGAGUGUGCGGCAUGUAGGGAGUGAGUCUUCUGCAAUUGGAGGCGGUGGGGGUGGGUAUGGCGGACAAAGCCCUCCAAGCCUGCCGUAUGCGAAUCCGAGAGAUAGUUCAGAGAGUCAUGGGAGCCCUAAUAGGGCUAGUAUGCGCGCGGGGGUGCAUGAUAAGCAGCGUGCUCCUACUGGGAUGGCGUGA